AUGGCACCGGUCUCUUCAUUGCAAUGCGGGUCACGAACUCUGGACAGCUUGCCAACGGAAAUUCUUGUCGAGAUUCUGAGUCUCUUAGACGCGGUACAGAUUGCGUUCUGUCGUCUGGUAUGCAGAAGGUUUGACUACAUCGCUCUUCACAAUGCCAGGUUGCAGUAUCCGAUUCGGCUUGCAAUCGCGAACCAUGUCGAUGGCCACCCCGAGCACCCGUCUGGAGUAGGAAUGCGACUCAAGCACUUAUUGGCGUUACAAGAGGCUUGGAGAACUCAGGACUUUCGAGAGAAGCGACGGGUUUGCUCUUCCGAUCUCACGAACCAACCGUCUGCGUCUGCGUAUCGCAAUGGCACGGUGCUGCUCGGCGCGCUCAACCUCUCCCUCAUCCCUUCCAGUGUUCCUACACACAUAGUCGAUCUUCUAAGCCCGAUAUUUAUGAAUGAACUACAUGUACUCUAUCUACGGGGUGCAGAAGGUUCGAGCGACUUUCGCCGCGAUGUCCAUCGCUUUGACCAAGCCUUCAGUGACUUCGAUGUCGAACUCUCUGAGGACCUCUUGGUACUCUGGAACAGCUUCUCACCUCCCUCUACUGGCCUAAAUAUACGCUUCCUGUCCCUCAGCGACGGGGGCGAGCACAAGCGAGCGAAGACCCAAUACGUGGAAGUGCCGACUGAAACAUUCUUUCCGGGUGAAUACCAUCCUGAUACCGUUAUAAUCUUCGACGUGAACUCAGUUCAGCUCAAUGGGGAGCUUGCAUGUAUCUGCGCAAUGGCAGGCAAAUGGGUUCAACUGCUCAAUUGGGUGACGGGUGAUUGCUGGACGAUCUCAGGCUCCUCCUGCUGCAUUCUCUCGAAGGAAUGCGUGAUCGUCGCGAGCUGCCACACGAAUCCUCCUUAUUUCGAUGUCUACAGCAUCAUUUACUCUGUCCAGCCACCGUCGGUCGCCCACGUUCGUCGAUACAGGUUGCCCCGCACCAAAGUGGGCAUCCUCUACGACAUCGAAUGCAGGCCCUCUCCUCCCUUCAAUGCCUCAGUCCUCCCUGUAACACCGGAGUGCCCUGCGGUCCCGUUCUCGACCGCUCCAGGCUCUGUCAUGGUCGUGUUCUCUUACCGAAUGCGCAUACCAGACGUGGACGGCUCGCACAUCCAGUACGCGCUGCUGUGCUACACGGACCGCUUCCUGACCGACGUGCAAGAGUGCGUUCUGGGGACGGCGGAGCAACUGCUUGAGAACGUCGAGGUGGUAAAUUGGGAGAGCUGGGGCCCGGACUCGUCGUUCUUCCUUGGCGAGGUGCACAACGAUGACAACAUAUGGUCGUACGCACUCUACGGCUACCGGCUGAUGUUUGAGCACACCAUAUACGAUUUCAAUCCACGCAAUAUCGCCUCUGCCAUAGACAGAGAAGAGAGGGAAGAGGGGAGGGAGGGGAGGGAAGGCAUGCGCCUUUGUCGGAGCACGUCCUCUGCCCGCGAGGACUAUAAAUAUUUCGCACAGAAGAUCGAGACGCAUCGGGCGUUCCUGUCGGCACCGAUCAAGAAGUCAAGAGUGCCGGCGUCUACCUGUUGCUUCCUUGUGGACGAAGACGUGCUGGCCCUCGAGGACACGACGGACAUAACGGACAGCACCUCGAGGCAAGUCAUAAUCACCCAGCUGACGGUCGGACCAGAGUGGGAUGCUUAGCUGGGCACACGAUCGGACAUGAGUUAACCUCCCUCGGCCCUGCCUAAAGUUUAUCUCUUCACCGCAGCGUUGUUAGACUACGCCUAUGUCAGCAUCCAAUUAAUUUACUCGUCCGCGUUCCUGCCACAAGGACUACACGAGGCGGCAGACAUGUUCGCGGGACGUCAUUGUGAUGUAUGACCUUGUAUGACAGCGGGCGGUCGAGCGCGUUGUUGCCAGCGGUUCACCCUCCCGAAGCCCUGCGCCGAGCUGACAGCCAUAACGAUAGAUGAAUCGGGUCGGGUCGUGGCGAUACGUUGCCGGAUGCUCGCGGAGUCGUCAUCUAGAUAAUUUGGUUCGCCUGUUGGAGGCUUCCAUU